AUGAACGGAACGGAGGGCCCGGACUUCUACAUACCCAUGUCCAACCAGACAGGCGUGGUGCGCAGCCCCUUCGAGUACCCGCAGUACUACCUGGCCGAGCCCUGGCAGUUCUCCAUGCUGGCCGCCUACAUGUUCCUGCUCAUCGUGCUCGGCUUCCCCAUCAACUUCCUCACGCUCUACGUCACCGUGCAGCACAAGAAGCUGCGCACGCCCCUCAACUACAUCCUGCUCAACCUGGCUGUGGCCGACCUCUUCAUGGUCCUCGGGGGCUUCACCACCACCCUGUACACCUCCCUGCAUGGCUACUUCGUCUUCGGGCCCACGGGAUGCAACGUGGAGGGCUUCUUUGCCACCCUGGGUGGUGAAAUUGCGCUGUGGUCCCUGGUGGUCCUGGCCAUCGAGCGGUACGUGGUGGUGUGCAAGCCCAUGAGCAACUUCCGCUUCGGCGAGAACCACGCCAUCAUGGGUGUUGCCUUCACCUGGAUCAUGGCCCUGGCCUGCGCUGCGCCGCCCCUCGUCGGCUGGUCCAGGUACAUCCCUGAGGGCAUGCAGUGCUCAUGUGGAAUCGACUACUACACGCUCAAGCCCGAGGUCAACAACGAGUCAUUCGUCAUCUAUAUGUUCGUGGUCCACUUCACCAUCCCUUUGAUCAUCAUCUUCUUCUGCUACGGGCAGCUCGUCUUUACUGUCAAGGAGGCAGCUGCCCAGCAGCAGGAGUCGGCCACCACGCAGAAGGCAGAGAAGGAAGUGACCCGCAUGGUCAUCAUCAUGGUCAUCGCCUUCCUGAUCUGCUGGGUGCCCUAUGCCAGCGUGGCGUUCUACAUCUUCACCCACCAGGGCUCUAACUUUGGGCCCAUCUUCAUGACCAUCCCGGCGUUCUUCGCCAAGAGCUCCUCCAUCUACAACCCCGUCAUCUACAUCAUGAUGAACAAGCAGUUCCGGAACUGCAUGCUCACCACCAUCUGCUGCGGCAAGAACCCACUGGGUGACGACGAGGCCUCUGCCACCGCGUCCAAGACGGAGACCAGCCAGGUGGCCCCGGCCUAAGCGCUGCCAGGGACUCCGUGGCCGACUGUAGGAGUCUCCCAUCCCUCACACCCCACCCCCAGCCACAGCCA